AGCACAGAAAUGCCUGCGCGCGGAGCGGCGCGUCACCAGACGGAUCUGCGCUCGAGCUGACGGAGCGUCUCUGCCAGAAAUGAUCAGAACCCCGCGGACUGGACCCGAACCCGAACCCGAACCCAGCCAUCAUGGAUGUGUGUAGAACCCUGGCGGCGCUGCUGUGGGUCCUGCUGCUGCGGCGGGUCCAGGUCUGCCAGGCGGAGGAAGUUGUGCUGCUGAACUCCAAGGAGACGCAGGCAGAACUCGGCUGGACCUCCUUCCCCCCAAACGGAUGGGAGGAGAUCAGCGGCGUGGAUGAGAAGUACAAGCCGAUCCGGACCUACCAGGUGUGUAACGUGAUGGAGCCCACGCAGCAGAACAACUGGCUGCAGACGGGCUGGGUGGCGCGCCGCGGCGGACAGCGCAUCUUCGUGGAGCUGCAGUUCACGCUGCGCGACUGCAACAGCAUCCCCGGCGUGGCCGGUACCUGCAAGGAGACGUUCAACCUGCUGUACGUGGAGUCGGACCGGGACCUGGGCGCCGUGACCCGGGAGGACCGCUACUCCAAGAUAGACACCAUCGCCGCCGACGAGAGCUUCACGCAGGGCGAUCUGGGGGAGAGGAAGAUGAAGCUCAACACGGAGGUGCGGGAGAUCGGACACCUCAACCGGAAGGGCUUCCAUCUGGCCUUCCAGGACGUGGGCGCGUGCGUCGCCCUGGUGGCCGUCCGCGUGUACUACAAGCGCUGCCUGGCCACCGUGCAGAACCUGGCCGUGUUCCCCGACACGGUGGCCGAGGCCGCCUUCGCCACGCUGGUGGAGGUCCGCGGCGGCUGCGUCAAUAACUCGGAGGUGGACAGCGACAGCCCUCCCAGGAUGCAUUGCAGCGCCGAGGGGGAGUGGCUGGUGCCCAUCGGGAAGUGCAGCUGCAGCGCCGGCUACGAGGAGGGCCACAGCAGCUGCGAAGCAUGUCCGCCUGGAUCCUACAAGAUGUCGUCGCGGCAACAGGAGUGUUUUCCUUGUCCAGCCAACAGCGUGGCGGACGAGGAAGGAUCGGUGGUGUGUGUGUGUGAGGAAGAUCACUUCAGGACUCCUCUGGACAGCCCCUCCACCCCCUGCACAAGGCCGCCCUCCCCGCCCAGGAGCCUGCGCUUCUCCCUGCGGCAGUCCUCCCUGGUCCUGGACUGGGACCCGCCCUCGGACUCCGGGGGCCGCGUGGACCUGACCUACAGCGUGGGCUGCCGGCGCUGCGGCCCGGCCCGCUGCGAGCCGUGCGGGCCGGGCGUGGGCUUCGUGCCGCAGCAGGUGGGGCUGACGGAGCGCACGGUGACGGUGGUCAACCUGCUGCCCAACACCAACUACACCUUCAGCGUGGAGGCCCUGAACGGCGUGUCGGACCUGCUGCCCAGCAAGAGCUUCUACACUCAGGUCCACGUGUCCACCAGCCUGCCGCGUGAGUCCUGGUCCAACAGAACCUGAACCAGAACCUGAUCAGAACCUGAACCUGAACCUGAUCCUGAUCAGAACCAGAAC